AUGGCGGUGCUGCGCGUGCGCCACUGCCGCGCGCUCCUGUACUGCCGGCGCGCGCCCCCGCGCUGCCCCGCGUGCGGCGGGGACCUGCGCGGCGCCGGGCUGGCCAACGCGCCUGUCCGCCUGCCCUGCCCCUUCCGGCACGGCCACGGGCAGCCCCGCGCCUUCCUCAUCAGGCCCAGCCGCGGCACCUUCCUGCACGGCUACGACGGGCACGGCGACCUGCACGUGGGCAUCACCGACUCCCGGGGUGUGGUGUACAACUAUGACCAGGAGGGCGUGCACAGGGCUGGCAGUGGCUGGGAGCAGUGCAUCAGCAUCCCCCUGGUGCAGCCAGACAUGUGGGAGCUCCUGCAGCAGUGGGACAACCUCCUGGAGGAAUUCUCCUUGGAAGAGGCCUGGCUCCCUCACAGGUACGAGGAGCAGCAGCACAACUGCUACACCUUCGCCCUGGCCUUUGUCAACCGCGUGCGGCAGGGCCGGGGCCGGGCGGCGCUGAGCAAAGCCGAGUUCACCGAGCGCUUCCUGCUGCCCCGCACCACGGAGGCCUCCCGCUACCUCGCCCUGCAGCAGCAGCUGGCCCACAGAGAUGUCUACAUCGUGCCCUUGGCUGAGCAGGAGCACGACAGCCCGCCUGGAAACCACAGCCUGCUGGAGUAGCAGUGGGAAAGGAAGGGUUGGGGCUCCCCCUCAGGGGGUUCAAAACACCCUUAACUUCACCCUGCACCUCAGGGAGGAUCACGAUACUGAGCUUGUGCGUUUCAAUGAAGUUACACACACACAAUGUACACACUACAGAGAAUUUCCAUGGGAACUAUUCCUGUGGAAAAAUGUUUUGUGAUUUAACAUUCACUGUGUUGAUCUGUUCUGCAAAGACACUUCACACCAGAAAUCAGAACUGCUGUGGAAUUCAGGGCUUUACAAAUGAACUUCAGCUGUAGCAAACCAAAAUGGCCUUUUCCUGUCACAUUUGUUUACUGAUGAGUGAAAAAAAGGGAACGUGCUUUUGUGUGCUGCUAAAUCCCAUGCCUGUCUGACUGUUAAUUUCCUUUCCUUUAAUUACUAAUAAAUGUACCAGCCAAUAAAUCCAGUCUCUUUGCC